GUGCCAGGCGGGCUCGGAGCGGUGACCGGGCGGUCCCGGCGGCCCCGCGGUCCUGCAUGGAGCGGGCCGGGCACGGCGGCGAGAUGGCGGCGGCGCUGAGGGCGGCCAAGCAGCGGCUGCGGGCGGAGCUGCGGCAGCGCCUGCGGGCGCUCGGCCCGGCCGAGAAACAGCGGCAGUCCCGCCUGCUCGGGCGCAAGGUGAUUGACCAUCCCAAGUACCAAGAAUCCAAAAGAAUUGCAAUCUUCUUGAGCAUGCCAGAUGAAGUCCAGACAGAAGAAAUCAUCAAGGACAUUUUUAAGCAAGGCAAAGAGUGUUUCAUCCCCCGUUACAAACCUCAGAGCAAUCACAUGGACAUGCUGAAGCUAUCAUCAGCUGAAGACAUUUCUUCACUUGCUUUGACAUCCUGGAAUAUUCUUCAGCCCAGUGAUGAUGACACUGCAAGAGAGGAAGCUCUUGCUGGUGGAGGUCUUGACCUUAUCUUCAUGCCAGGCCUUGGGUUUGACAAAAAAGGCAACAGAUUGGGAAGAGGGAAAGGAUAUUAUGAUACCUAUCUUGAAAGAUGUAUGAAACAUCCCCGUGGAAAGCCUUACACGAUUGCUUUGGCUUUUAGAGAACAGAUUUGUGAAUCAGUGCCUGUGACAGAAAAUGAUGUUCCAGUAGAUGAAAUCCUUUAUGAAGACUGCUGA